AUGAUAAAGGACUCAGAAACUAUCACUCAACAUGAAUGUGAGAGAGAACCCGUUUCUCUCAAGCGUUCAAUUAAUAAGAGGUUUCUCUUAUUCAAGAUUGAUUUGUUUGUCCUAUCAUUUGUUUGCUUACAAUACUGGAUUAAUUAUGUUGACCGUGUCGGUUUCACCAACGCAUAUAUAUCUGGUAUGAAGGAAGAUCUCAAAAUGGUUGGAAACGAUCUAACUGUGUCAAACACAAUCUUCAUGAUCGGUUAUAUCAUUGGUAUGGUUCCCAACAAUUUGAUCUUGUUGUGUGUUCCACCUAGAAUAUGGCUGAGUUUUUGUACAUUUGCUUGGGGUUUACUGACCCUGGGAAUGUACCGCGUUACAUCGUUCAAGCAGAUUUGCGCAAUUAGAUUCUUUCAAGCCUUAUUUGAAAGUUGUACAUUCUCAGGAACACAUUUUGUUUUGGGUUCGUGGUAUAAAGAAAAUGAAUUGCCGAUUAGAAGUGCCAUUUUUACGGGUAGUGGCUUAGUCGGAUCUAUGUUCAGUGGAUUUAUGCAGACAAGUAUCUUUACUCAUUUGAACGGGCAGAAUGGACUGGCCGGUUGGAGGUGGCUAUUCAUCAUCGACUUUUGUAUCACUUUACCAAUCGCGAUUUACGGGUUUAUUUUCUUCCCAGGCUUGCCCGAUCAAGCAAGAGCUGUCAACAAAUUCUCCAUGACAAAGUAUAUCUUUAAUGAGCAAGAGUUACACUACGCUAGAAGAAGACUUCCAGCUAGAGAUGAAAGUACUAGGUUAGAUUGGUCAACUAUCCCGAGAAUCCUGAAAAGGUGGCACUGGUGGAUGUUUUCUCUAGUAUGGAUUCUUGGAGGUGAGAAUUUAGGUUUUGCGUCUAAUUCAACAUUUGCAUUAUGGUUGCAAAAUCAGAAAUAUACGUUAGCGCAGAGAAAUAACUAUCCUUCAGGGAUAUUUGCUGUAGGUAUAGUUUCCACACUUUGUUCAGCAGUAUAUAUGAGCAAGGUUCCAAGAGCGAGACAUUGGCAUGUCUCUGUUUUUAUAUCCGUAGUCAUGGUUAUUGUUGCAGCACUUGUACGUGCAAAUCCAUUGAAUCCAAAAAUAGUUUUUUUUGCGCAGUAUCUUGGAGGCGUAGCAUAUGCUGGACAAGCAGUGUUUUUCUCAUGGGCAAACAUUGUGUGCCAUACAGAUCUUCAAGAACGUGCUAUUGUUCUCGCUUCAAUGAAUAUGUUUUCAGGGGCUGUUAAUGCUUGGUGGUCCAUAUUGUUUUUUUCUUCAGAUAUGGUACCCAAAUUUGAGAGAGGUUGUUAUGCCCUUUUGGCAACAGCAAUAUCCAGCGGAAUUGUAUCAGUUGUCAUACGUUCACUACAGAUAAGAGAGAAUUUAUCUAAGAAACAAGUUCCUUAUAUAGAUGCCAAUGACAUGCCUGGAGAAGAUGAGGAGGAGGAAAACCAGGAUGAAAAUGGUGACGAGGAUGAUGAGGGGAAUGAGAGUAUGGACGUUCAACUUGGUGAUGAAGAAAUGACCGAAGUUUCCAAUCCUUUUCGGUAG